GUCGGUGAUAUAUGAGCUAGAAACUGGCGAUGCAUUUCUUGUCCUUUCAAACUUUGUCACAUGUUCUUUGUCACAUGUUCACAUGUUCAAACAAUUAUGUAUGUAGAUUACUCCACUAAAUCGUAGAAAUACUUGAUACAAAUAAAGAGUUAAGAGCGAAUGCAAAUUUACUGAAAUAAAGCCUUCAGAACGUUAUUGAAGUCUCACGCACUAAACGACCAUCAAACGGUGCCAUUGGAAGAAAUCUAUUCACUUAAGCACUACAACUUUCGUUAUCGUUUUCUCUUAGUUUUUCCCCACAACCAAACCACCGACCACCACCACCACCACCAUCUCCUCCUCCUCCUAACUCUCCUCCUUCCUCUACACCACCACCACCACCGCCACCACUACCACAACCGCAAACUCCUCCUCGGAAGCCGUUAUUUUACUUUUUAUUUUACACGGUCAAAGCCAUUGUAGUUGGGUACAUACCACAAUUCAUUGGCCGAGAGAAGGGAAGGUAAUUGAGCUAGACGACCUGCAUUGAAGUUUGAUUAUGGUACAGAACAGUGUCAUUGCUUUUCAGACUUUUGCGGCCAUCUAUUCUUUCUACGGUGUGCGAUUGUUCAGACCAGGAAGUUAUCUUUGAGGUUAAGAAGAUGUUUCAACCCGCUAUGGAGGGACAAUAGUACGUACAUGUAUCAACACCUAACCAAGACAAAUGAACGUAAUAUUAACGCUAAGGAGCGGCGCUGGAAAUUCGAGAAUUCUUUAUAUCCUAAGGUGCAAUUGUCAUCACUUUGUCAGGCAUAAGUGGGGAACUUCUUCACGCUAACGUGGUAGCAAAAUUUUCGGAUCACAACAAUAGGGAGCUACGAUAGCGACGGCAACGAAAACCACAAAGAAGCAAUAGGUUUAUAUUACAAAAACAACAACUUGGCACGUGAUCAACCUUUUUUGUACAUUUCUUUGCCGUCGUUUCACGACCUUCCUAAAAUCACGCGCCCGCUUUACGGAGUGUCUGAAAAAAAUUUCUUUUUCUUUUUCUAAACUAAGAUACGGUCCCUUUCGGAUUGAACUCAAGAGAAUUUCGCCAACAUAAAUGAAAUUAAAUAAGAUUGAUGAAGUUUGAAACACUUUUUACCUGCGCGGAGCCCCAAGUGAAAGAUUCGCGACGCUCAUGAAUGUCCGUAAGUUGAUUUUUUUGGGACUUUUUUUCGGGUCGACGUUCCGAAGGCCAAAAAUAAAGUGGGAAACCAUCUAAGUCAUUGCACAGCAUUAACCGCUGACCUCCACGUUGCCAAAACGUAGGACGUGAGGUGUUUGGACAUCUUGGCGAGGAUGGGCAAUUUUUUGAGUUUUCUGUUUUUUUUUUCUCAUUUCACCGGCACAGCUUUCACCGAAUAUGAAAAAUAUUGUUUUUGAAGACUUUUGUAAGACUUUGAGUUGUUUCUGUUUCUGAAAGGCUUUGACUGGAAUGAUCUUUAGAAUAUCAAGGUGUUUGUAUCAUGCCCGGAGCAGCCAUCAGUUCUUGACAACGUCUACCGUUUACAUUACAGCUUUUUCAAGGGAAUAAAACAAAAAAUAAUAGCCAUUCAACAUGCAAAUGUUCACGUGAUUUGAUUCAGACUGAUUUGUUGUCAUUUUUUGAGGUCUUCAUUUUCUCAUUUCCCUCCAAAGUGACAAUAAUAGUAAUAGAGUUUAUGCUCUUGGACAUAAAUAUGUUUUAUGUCCUUCACAGAGCUCAUAACCCUCCGCCCCUAGAUCUAGACGCCCGGGCUAAAACGAGUCUGAGUCGGGCCCAAAACAUAGUUAUUCCCGUGAACAUAAACUAUAUUGUUUUAAUAUAAUUCUAAUCUUAGUUCAUGUACCUUGUUUUCUUUUUUAUUUAUAGCAUUGCAUCAAAUCUCCUUCCACUGGUUUAUUCUAUCAGCGUCCGUGAAGGUGGUGUGAAGGAAUGGGAUCAAGUUUAUGACAAGUAUAAGUCGGCAAAUAUUGCCUCGGAAAAGAAGAUUCUUUUGUCAGCCCUUACAUACACCAGGAAUCGUCAAAUGAUUGAAAGGUAAGUAAAGACUUUUCGAUUGUGAAAUCAGCAGCAAAUCCUAAUUGAUCAGAAAUUCCGAAGGCAGAUUUCUCUAAACUAAUUCUAUUUCUCACGUACGACAAUUUUCUGUAUAUCUGGCUGCCUGUCGAAACUUUUUGGUUAGAUGCUCAUCUCUUUUGGUUCUUUAGGAAACUGCAAUACACGGAUGGUCAGGAGUUUCUUUUGGAAAAACCUCUCGUUCAAAAAUCGACUUUAAUUUUUUUGUCUUAGUCGGGCCUUAUUUGUGUUUUGUAGAUUACUUUUUUCGUAAAAUUCUUAUGUUCACCUGAAUGCCACUUUGUAUCUACAAUCAGGAUUCUUGACUAUUCAUUGGAUGACGACAAAAUUCCCUCUCAGGACACUAUCACUGUAAUAUCCCAGCUGGCCACCAACUCUAAAGCAUGGCGGAUGACCUGGAAUUUUGUUCGUCAUAACUGGAAAAUUCUUUACAAAAGGUAUCGGCUUAUCGUUGAUUUGCAAGUGAUGUAAAGAAAUUUUCUAAUUUAAAAUAAAAAAAAAAACCUAAUGAAAGUAUUUUAGAUAUGCUUCAGCAUGUUUUUACUUGCAGAACUAGCGUUGUAUUAUUUGGGUUUUCUGGUCAGCGAGGGCAAGCGUAAGACGGCGUGGAGCGCGCUUCCGUCUUGCCCGUUUGGCACUCCACACCACCCUCGUUUGCCUGAAAAACACAAAAAUAUGCCUUUAUGCAGGCGUACCUAUUUUAAUUUACAUCAAUGGUGUCCGCGAAGAAUCAUCUAUCUGAACAAGUCUUGUUUAUAAAGCCCCCGAGCAAUCACUACCUCUAACAGACGGCUGGACGCAUCUGCUUGUUAUUGUCAAUUAGAGCGGUUUUCACUUGACUGUCGAAUUGGGAUUGGUUUUGGUUUUGGUUUUGGUUUUGGUUUUACUACGUCAUUUGGUUGGCUAGUGUAUUUACUUUGGUUUUGGUUUUACGACAGUCAAGUGAAAACCGCUCUACCACCAAUCAGAUCGUUGCCUGCUCAAAUCGAGCGUGCAGCAUUAAUUAAUUUUUCCUGGAGCAGAUUUAAGAAAGGGGAUGCAAAGGUGUUGUUUGAUGUGGCAUGCGAUCGUGUUUUAGAGCGUUUAAAAAAAAAAGAAGAAAAAAAAAACAAAAAAAAGAAAAGAAAAGAGAAAAAAGAAAAGUAUUUAGCUUAAAGAAGCUGGCAAAUGGAAAUGAAAUUCAACCAACCUUAACUGGAUCAAUAAUUACAGUGGAAACCCGGUAACUCGAACCCUGAAAGGAAACUAAAAACAGCUCGCAGGCCAAUUAGCGAGCAGUUCGAGUUAUCGGGGUAAAUUUCAGUGAAAUUUUGAUCAAGGGAAAAAAAUUAAGUUCGAGUUGACGGGGAAUUCGAGUUAUCGACGUUCUACUGUAUUUUCUAGUGUGUAUGAACGAUGGUUUUUGACAGCUAAGGUGAAAGAGACGACUGUCAAGUCCAUCGGUAAUGCAAGAUCAAUGUUAAUACAAUCGGUAUUUGUUUCUGCGGAUUCUCAUGGCGAAUACCAAAGCGACGACGAGGCAAAGCACAACAUGUGUUCGGUAUUUAAUGACAUUUCCCAUUUCCGAUGUUUCUUAAUAACGCAUAAAUUAAAUUUUGAAUUUACGUCACAGACACGAUAGGCCACUCACGCGACCAGCGGUCUCUUGUCGGGAAGGACCGAGAGAGCGGCCGAAAUCGAGCCUAGGGAAACAGCAGCAAGUCCGUCGCAGUCAGUUUUGGCGAGCGUUUAUAUAUGAGAAAAUAUUAACCUCUUUGCCUCAGUCAAAAGCGCUUGUGCAUGCUCUAAAUGUCUUUCUUUGACCGAAUUGACCCGAGCCAAAGUGUUAAUAUGAAGAAAAGUUGGCCCGGCAAGAAGGGUGACGCUGCCUUUACAAAAGGGUGUCCCAGCUGCGUCGCUUUUCUUGCCGAGUUCAGACGGACGGGCGAACGUACGGUCACCUGACUGCCGAAGUUUCUCGGAUGGAUAUUAAAUAACUAAAUUUUCGUAACUAUGGGGCUCCAAUCGAACGCGCCUGGAGCUCCGCUUAUAAUUCACUACUGUAUCUUUUGUCUUCGUCUUAGGUAUGAAAGUGAUGUAGCACUCUCAUCCUUGAUUACUUCCUUGAUGGCCAGUUGCAACACAGAAAGCCAACUCAGAGAGGUACGAUCAGUGUUCUUAAGCAUAAGAUUACUUUCAGUUUAUCGCAAAAAACGUCUAAAAAUCUAACACUUACCUUUAAACUUUUUUUCCAUAAUUUUUUCACAUGGCGCCACGAAAAGCUAUCUGGUAGUGAGUUUGAACAUAACCUAAGAAGUCUCAGCGUCUGAAUUUGUUGAUUAAAUGUGACGCAAAAAGCCCACAUAAAGGUGACUUCGACACGAAUAUUUUUUGUGAUAACCAAGGGAACUUUCGACACCAUUUGACACGGCAUGCAUGAUUGUGGAAUGUAGUGUCAAAUUCUUUAAAAAAGAUUGAAUGUGGACAUAGUUUAAAAAAGGUCUUAAUUGUCUUUUAUGCGUCUUCUUUACUCUCUUUCUAAUUGUUGUAAUUCUUACUUUUUGAUAACUUCGUCGUAUUCACAAUUUUUAAUCUUAAUUUUUACUGUAGUUGUAUUUUUUAAUUGUAAUUUUCAGAUUAUUCUAUGUAUAUUUUUAAUUGUAAUUGUUAGCUGUUUCAUAAUGAGGGCCAUAGGUUUGUCAGUUUGCUGUUUAGCGCUAUCCUUUUAAAAUAAAGUUGAUACAUAAAUACAUUCAUGACUCGAAAUGUUAUCAGAAAAGUAACACAAUGUUUCCCAUGUAAGGGAAUACGGAUUCCGGAAUCUGGGGAAUUUUUUCUUGUGAAAUCUGGAAUGUCGAACUUUUUUCUUGUGGAAUAUGAAAUCCUGGGUUUUGGAAUCCGAAAUACAACUCAAGGAAUCCAGAAUCCCGCUAACGAUUAAAAUCCGGAAUCCAAGUUCCACUGACAUUGAACCCGGAAUCUAGUACCGAGAACCCACGGCGUUGAAUCCAGAUUCCAAGACUAUCUUGGAUUCCCUUACAUGGGGCGAUUCACGGCUUAGCAUUACCUUGAAAUGGGAGGGUAUUCAAAAAUAAUUUGGCCUUUUCUUCAUUAAUAUGAAAUUCCUUACCCUGGAAUGAAAGUGAAUAGAAAAUUAUAUUUGAUUUCUUUCCUUAUGUUCAUGUUUUAAGUUCACGGAAUUUUUCAAGGCUUACCCCUCUACUGCGAACGCGUAUCGUCAGGUUCAGAUGGGAAUGGAGAAGAUUAGAGCAAAUAUCAUGUGGCUUAGUGAACAUGGUGACGAAGUGACGGCUUGGUUAGCACGACACAUUUAAGACUGAAAGACGUUCAAGCAAUAAAGACGUCCUAAAAUUUAACAUUUGUUGACUUCUUUGAUCUGACGUUAAUCUUAACUCUUAAGACGUUUCGGUCGGAAAAACCAAACGUUAUGGGGCGAAAGCCACCC